CGGUGUUCGGGGCGCACUGCGAGAGAGAGAGGGGAGAGGCCCGCUGCGUUUGAGAGUGUCACAAAAAGAAAGUGAGUGAUGUGUCGUGUUCGAGAAGCUCGUUCGAUGGUGUUAAUCGGGGCUUUAGUCGACUAAGGGACGACAACAUCAAGUGUUUUUGUGAACUGUAGCCCGCAUUUCAUCAUUGGAGUUUUUGUGUCGUUUUGCUCUGCGGAUUGCAUUGCAUUGGACUGCUGGAGUGACGCAGUAAUGCUUUGUGAAGGCAACGAGGACUGUAAGUGCUUCUAAAGUACAGUUUUUCCUUGAUUGACGACGAUUGAAGAGAUUUGUCACGUUUUUGCGGUGCUUUGCUCUCUUUACAUUUUAAUUGAGAAGCAGCCUUACGAACUAACAAUUCAACCGAACUGGCCACACGUUAUUUGUUUGUUUCGCACUUGUCAUCGCGCAUGAGGACUGAGAACGGCUGUACAUUGCCGUUCGUGCGGGACGUAGUUUUUGAAGAAGAUUCAAGUUUAAGACUAUUUUGUGUAACCCUGCCAUCCAUUGACAUUACUGAUUGAUUCAUCCCAGUUUGAUUCAUUUGGGGGGUUUGACUCAUCUCGAUGCUUUUUCAUUUUUUGGGGGGGGGAUGUUCCAUUGAGGCUGAGUGAUUCAAUUACAAGUUUGUUUCAACGCACGCUACGUCGAGACCACGCAUCUCAAGUAAUUUUUCUAUGGACUGUUUUUUCCCAAGUUAUUUUUUUUUUGUUUGAUAUUUUGAUCUAAUGAACCGUGAACUGUGAGAGUUCAUUUGAACUACAGAACCCUAUGUGAACUGUGAAUGUGUACCUAAAGAGACGUUUCACGUAAGUGUUUCUAAUGUGAAAUUUCCUGGUUUUUGUUUUUUUUCAAGUGUGACUGUUUGACAGUGACCAUUUGCGCGAAGAAAACUCAAGUGGGGUUUACGCAAAAUUACAGGUGUUUUCCAACUUGAAUAACUAUUGGGUUUGAUUAUUGUAUAGGUUAAAGGUCAAUAACUCUUGCAUUGAAGGUGAUUGUGGCCUAGUGAGUUUGGAAGAAAACUCAAAGACUGUAUUUUUUUAUUUUUUUUGCUUUUAUUUAGUGAUUAUUUAAAUUAAAGUAACACUUCAUUACAAGGAAGGAAAAUAUACACAGAAAAUAAAUCCUGUUUAAUUUUUGUACUUACCUUCAGUGUAUUAUCUAUUUAUUUUUUCUUUUGGUUGAAAGCUGUCAGGGAGUAGGGGCGUCUUACCCACUUUAUUAGAUCAGGGAAGGGAGGAGUAUUUUAGACUGUGUCUCACAAAUACAUUUACUUCAGGGAGCCAUCUCGUGACAUUAUUCUACCUGAAGCCUACCCUUGUCGGUCUGUGCAUCUCAAUAAAGUAGGACACAACAUAUAUACAUUAGUAUAUAACAAGACCAAAAGCACUGAAAACGGGGACUAAGAUCCUUUCGUUAUUCAGUCUUCCAGGGCAGCUCUAACAAAUUUCCCCUACGAGACGGGCUAAAUACCCCGUCACAAAAGUGGCGUCACGAACAGGAUAGAAUUAGGCACAUUGAAUUAGUCACACGUCUCCAGGCCCGCAAGUUGUUGCUCAAGUAAGAUGUCGGAGCUCGAGGAACUAAGACGAGAGAUGGCGGAAAUGCAAAGGCGGUUUGCAGAGCAGGCAGGGGCACUCGAUCAAGCCAGAGCAGAGCAGAGAGAAGCUCUAUCCCUAGCAAAGGUGGUAAUUGAGAGCCAGACUUCUGCACAACCGACCCCAGCUGCCAUUUAUAUUCCCCGAGACAGGAAGCUGCCUGAAUUUAGUGGUUGCAUGUCAAAGCCGGGAGAGCUGAGUAUUGAAGAAUGGGUAGUAUCGAUGAAGUCUGCAUUUCAGGUCAUGAGAGUUCCCACUGAGGAUCGGAUUGAGCUGGUUAAACAGAAUCUAAAAGACGAGGCCAAAGCCACAGUGAAGUUUAUGAUGGAUGGAAAGGAAGAGACGGUUGACAACAUCUUCACUGUUCUCCUCGACACCUAUGGAGAUAAAGUGCCCAUUGGUACGAGGCUUAAAGAUUUCUAUGAUCGUGCUCAGAAGGUAGGGGAAACAAUACGCUCCUAUGCGUAUGACCUUCGGGAAAGACUUAAUCGUGUGCAGCGCAGAGAGCCAAACAGAGUGGCAGAUGCUGAAAAUGUUUUGAAGGAGCAGUUGGUGCUAGGCUUGCAAGAUGACUUUUUGCGACGAGAGAUGAAGCGUAGAGUUAAAGCUGAACCAGAUUUGAGUUUUGUUCAGUUGAUGCAGGCGGCAAUUACCUGGUCAGAAGAGGAGGAAACACAGACUCCUAGCAAUGUAAGGUCAGGUACCCGUGCCAGAGGGGUAGUGAAUGCUGCUGCAGCACAGGAUGCUUCCUCUGCUCUGUCGCUGGAGAAACUGCAUGAUGCGAUCCAGAAAAUAGCAGCUCGUCAAGAGGAACUAUAUCAAGCUGUUCAUGGGAAAGAGAGAAAUAGGCCACAGCAGAGCCAUCCAAAGAAGCAACCAUUAAAAGACAGUGAAGGUCGUUAUAUUUGUUAUUCAUGUGGUGAACCCGGACACACCAGUCGCUUUUGUCCGCAAGGUGGCAAGUUGAGGAGGGGUCCAGCUCCAUCACAGCAUACAGUGGAAUUAGUUGAAGUUACUGAGAAUGACUCUGGAGGUGCGGUGCAGAAAAGCCCAGGGCCCUCACUGAUUAGAUGUCACACAGCGGAAUGGCUAGCUGAUGAGACUGCUGAAAAACAUAAGGGCAGUGCUUUUGGGGAUUGCCUGUCGAUUGAGGUGAAGAUAGCUGGUGUCAAGACCAAGUGCCUCUUAGAUACAGGGUCAGAGGUGUCCACCAUAUCUGAGUCACACUUCAGGCAGCACUUCGAGGACCAAAAACUGAAGUUAUCCUCUGCGUGCUGGGUUAAGCUGACCGCGGCCAAUGGACUGGACAUUCCUGUCUUGGGAUGCUUACAGGCUGAUGUAGAAUGUCUGGGAAAAGUACUUCCUGGGAAGUGUAUAUUUGUUCUGACUGACACAAGCCCUGAUGUGAAGGAAAUGAAAGGGAUGUCUGGGAUUAUCGGGAUGAAUGUGCUCAAUGAAGUUCAGUCCUUGUUCAUCUCAGCGGAGGGAAUGGAGAGGAUUGAUAAGUAUAAUCCGCGAGAUGAAGCUCAGGUCCAGAGGGUGCUUGCUAGAGUUGAGAAAGAAGCUGGACAUCUGAGGCCCGACGGAAGGAUUGGUUAUGUCAAGAUUGCCGGAAGACAGGCUGUCACUAUUCCUCCCCGCUGUGAGAAGGUGCUGGAAGGUCGUUGUGGAGUGUCACCCAGGGUGAGGAGUCAUGUGCUUGUAGAGCCAGUAGCUGGAACAAGUUUGCCAAAAGGACUCUUAGUGGCUCACGUUCUUGCUAAAACAGAGGGUGGAAAGGUCCCUGUGCGUAUGGUGAACUUGAGUGGAAAGGCUGUUAGACUUGCUCCCCGAUCCAGAGUUGCUUCUGUGUAUAAGCCCAAGGAGGUGAUCACAAAGGAUGUGCUCGAAUUUGAGGAAGAUGACGGCGUGCUUCAUGUCAAGGAGUUGGUGCGAGACAAGGUUCAGGCUGAUAAAACCUCACUUGUGCCGCUACCAGUUCCUGUUGAAGUGAACUAUGAAGGACUCACACCAGAACAAUGUGAGAGGCUCAUUGAGUUGUUAUCGAAGCACAGAGAUGUUUUCUCCAAGGAUGACCAAGAUUAUGGCUACACCACGGCUGUGGUGCACAAUAUUCCUACAAGUGAAGCACCACCAAUAAAGCAGCGACAUCGUAGAAUACCACCACAGAUAUUCCAAGAGGUCAAAAGGCAUGUCCAAGAUCUGGUGUCCCAGGGAAUUCUGAAAGAGAGCAGUAGCCCUUGGGCAUCACCCGCAGUUAUCGUCAUGAAGAAAGAUGGCAGUGUGCGUUUCUGCUGUGAUUACCGAAAGCUGAACCAAGUGACGUGUAAGGAUGCAUAUCCGCUUCCUCGGGUGGACGAGUCCCUAGACGCUUUGGGUAAUGCUAAACUGUUCUCUACACUAGACCUGACUGCUGGGUACUUUCAGGUAGCGGUGAGCGAGAAAGAUCGAGAGAAGACAGCUGUCACCACCCCAUUUGGCCUGUUUGAGUGGACCAGGAUGCCAUUCGGGUUGUGCAACGCCCCAGCCACCUUUCAGCGCCUUAUGGGAGUGGUGCUUGGUGACUUGACCUUUGAUGUUCUUCUGGUUUAUCUGGACGAUGUCAUUAUCUUCUCCAAAGACUUUGAGAGCCACUGUGAGAGGUUAGAACUUGUCUUCAACCGUCUGAAACAGCAUGGGCUAAAGCUAAAGCCGAGCAAAUGCUUUCUCCUAAGGCCGGAAGUGAAGUUUUUGGGGCACCAGAUCUCAGCAGAAGGCAUAAAAGUGGAUAACGAAAAAGUUAAAGUUCUGGACACGUGGCCAGUUCCGAAAAGUGUAAGAGAGGUCAGGCAAGUACUUGGGUUUAUGAGCUACUAUAGAAAAUUCGUCCCAAGGUUCGCACAGAUUGCCAAACCACUACAUGCGUUGGUAGGUGGAGGAAAGAAAAAUAGAACCUCUGCAAAUUUCACCUGGAGUCAAGAAUGCCAGGUUGCAUUUGACGAGUUGAAGCAGUGCUUGAUGUCACCCCCCGUCCUUGCAUUCCCCAACUUCAGUUUGCCCUUUACACUUGCCACCGAUGGAAGCCAUCAUGGACUGGGGGCUGUACUCAGUCAGAAGCAAGGAGGGACUGAGCAUGUCGUGGCAUAUGCAAGCAGAGGUCGGAGGAGAUCAGAGAAGAAUGACAAAAACUAUAGUGCGUUCAAACUGGAACUGCUUGCGUUGAAGUGGGCAGUCACAGAAAAAUUCAGAGAAUACCUUAUGUAUUCAAGAUUCACCGUGAUUACCGACCAUAACCCGCUACGUUACCUUGAUUCGGCUAACCUCGGCGCGGUUGAGCAACGCUGGGUAGCACAACUGGCAGAGUACAACUUUGAAGUAUGCUACAAACCUGGCCGACUCAACACAAGUGCAGAUGCAUUAUCGAGAAUUCCUUCCAGGGAGGAACCGGAGAAGGAUGAUGAUGGCAAGGAUUUCAUCCGGCUAGGAGCUGACGAAGUGAGGGCAUGUUUGUGGCCGGCCAAAAGGUUUGACCAGGAGGAACCGGAAGGUAAAGCUGCGGUGCAAGCAUCUGUAAGAGGAGAAAUAAGUGGUUAUAGCUGGAGCGAGAUUGGAAAGCAGCAAAGGAAUGACCCUGUGAUCUGUCCCAUUUAUAAAGCAGUGUCCGAGGGCAAGAAACCAAGCAGAGCGGAUCAAAGUUGUAUGGAACCGAAACUGAAGAAGCUUGCCAAGGAGUUUGACCGUCUUAAGCUGCGGCAGGGAGUGCUGUUUAGAUGCAUCCUCGACCCUAGGGAUGGAGAGGAGGUCUGGCAGGUGGUUGUUCCUGAACCUUUACAGCGUGAUGUGUAUGAGGGCCAACAUGAACACGGAGGUCAUUUCGGGGGGAGAAGUACAUUGACUCGAAUGAGACGAAGUUACUACUGGCCUACUAUGUCUGUGGAUGUUCCAUGCUGGAUAAGGCAGUGCAAAAGAUGUAUAUUGGCCAAGGAUGUUUUUCCCAGACUUCGAGCUCCUAUGACAUGUAGUAAUGUCUCAGCCCCAUUAGAGGUCCUCGCCAUGGAUUAUACACAGCUUGAGCAGUCUUCUGGAGGGUACGAAAACGUACUUGUUCUUACCGAUAUGUUCACCAGAGUCACGGUUGCUGUUCCUACCAAGAAUCAGACAGCAAACACCACAGCAAAAGCUCUGAUUAAGCACUGGUUUGUUUAUUAUGGUUGCCCAGCUCGAUUGCAUUCAGAUCAAGGCAGGUGCUUUGAGGCCAACGUGAUCAAGGAGCUUUGCAAAAUCUAUGGUAUAGGAAAGAGCCGUACAAGCCCAUACCAUCCACAGGGGAACGCUCAAUGUGAAAGAUUCAACCGUACCAUGCAUGAUUUGCUAAGAACCUUGCCACCAGAGAAAAAGAGAGAUUGGAAGACUCACCUUCCGGAGCUGGUGAUGGCUUACAACAGUCAUGUCCAUUCAUCCACUGGUUAUUCCCCGUUCUAUCUGAUGUUUGGAAGAGAUGCACGUUUACCAAUGGAUGUGCUUGGGGAAAAGGAUUUAGAAGAGGUUGAAGUUGAUAACCUGGAUGAUUGGGUGAAAAGUCAUCAUGCAAGAUUGAAGACUGCUGUGGAGGUUGCAAACGCAGUGUCUCAAGGGGCUUCCAGAAGAAGAAAGAGAAUAUAUGACCGCAAGUCGUUUGGAGCUCUUGUGAGGCCUGGAGAUCGAGUGCUACUGCGUAAUCACAAACACAGGGGUAGAAACAAAAUUCAGGAUAAAUGGGAAGACACACCGUACAUAGUAGUAAAGCAAAACCACUCAGACAUACCUGUGUUUACUAUUAAACCGGAAAAGGGGGGUUCGGUGAAGGUAGUACACAGGGAUCAGCUUCGGCACUGUUCAUUCCCGUCACCUACGACACCGCGUGCACACUGGCGCAGAUUGAGAGACAAGCCAGAAUCAGACACAGACAUGUCAGACGUUAUCUGCUUUCCAGAAACUGUACAACAUUCCACUUACCACGCACACACAAGGGUGGAUCAAGGGGAGUCAGGGGAAGUAGGACAGCAUGACAGCAAUGGGGGUCAGGAUGUAAUAUCAGAAUCAGAGUUGAGGGUACAAGAUGAUUCAGAUGAUGCUGAUGUUUCAGAAGUUGAGAGAGAAAGUGUUCCUGAGUUCAGACGUUCUCAGAGACGAAACAAGGGUACCUUACCUGUGAAAUACAGGAAAGACUACAUUCUAAAAUAAGAGUUCAUAAAGUUCUGUAACUUUUAAGGUAUUGGGAGAUUGAGUUGUACAUUUGUAAUGUGAUGUCUUCCUAAUAUGUUGUUUGUGUUUCACAGAUGAACCUACUGGAAAUGUCGAUGGAGUGGCAGGGUUUAGCAGGGGGGAAAUGUAACGGGUAGAUAUCAUUUUUUUUAAAUUAUUAUUUUGGGGGACUUUUAUUUUGACGGGUGGACUGAUUUUCGGUGUUCGGGGCGCACUGCGAGAGAGAGAGGGGAGAGGCCCGCUGCGUUUGAGAGUGUCACAAAAAGAAAGUGAGUGAUGUGUCGUGUUCGAGAAGCUCGUUCGAUGGUGUUAAUCGGGGCUUUAGUCGACUAAGGGACGACAACAUCAAGUGUUUUUGUGAACUGUAGCCCGCAUUUCAUCAUUGGAGUUUUUGUGUCGUUUUGCUCUGCGGAUUGCAUUGCAUUGGACUGCUGGAGUGACGCAGUAAUGCUUUGUGAAGGCAACGAGGACUGUAAGUGCUUCUAAAGUACAGUUUUUCCUUGAUUGACGACGAUUGAAGAGAUUUGUCAAGUUUUUGCGGUGCUUUGCUCUCUUUACAUUUUAAUUGAGAAGCAGCCUUACGAACUAACAAUUCAACCGAACUGGCCACACGUUAUUUGUUUGUUUCGCACUUGUCAUCGCGCAUGAGGACUGAGAACGGCUGUACAUUGCCGUUCGUGCGGGACGUAGUUUUUGAAGAAAAUUCAAGUUUAAGACUAUUUUGUGUAACCCUGCCAUCCAUUGACAUUACUGAUUGAUUCAUCCCAGUUUGAUUCAUUUGGGGGGUUUGACUCAUCUCGAUGCUUUUUCAUUUUUUGGGGGGGGGAUGUUCCAUUGAGGCUGAGUGAUUCAAUUACAAGUUUGUUUCAACGCACGCUACGUCGAGACCACGCAUCUCAAGUAAUUUUUCUAUGGACUGUUUUUUCCCAAGUUAUUUUUUUUUUUUUUUUUUGAUAUUUUGAUCUAAUGAACCGUGAACUGUGAGAGUUCAUUUGAACUACAGAACCCUAUGUGAACUGUGAAUGUGUACCUAAAGAGACGUUUCACGUAAGUGUUUCUAAUGUGAAAUUUCCUGGUUUUUGUUUUUUUUCAAGUGUGACUGUUUGACAGUGACCAUUUGCGCGAAGAAAACUCAAGUGGGGUUUACGCAAAAUUACAGGUGUUUUCCAACUUGAAUAACUAUUGGGUUUGAUUAUUGUAUAGGUUAAAGGUCAAUAACUCUUGCAUUGAAGGUGAUUGUGGCCUAGUGAGUUUGGAAGAAAACUCAAAGACUGUAUUUUUUUAUUUUUUUUUUGCUUUUAUUUAGUGAUUAUUUAAAUUAAAGUAACACUUCAUUACAAGGAAGGAAAAUAUACACAGAAAAUAAAUCCUGUUUAAUUUUUGUACUUACCUUCAGUGUAUUAUCUAUUUAUUUUUUUCUUUUGGUUGAAAGCUGUCAGGGAGUAGGGGCGUCUUACCCACUUUAUUAGAUCAGGGAAGGGAGGAGUAUUUUAGACUGUGUCUCACAAAUACAUUUACUUCAGGGAGCCAUCUCGUGACAUUAUUCUACCUGAAGCCUACCCUUGUCGGUCUGUGCAUCUCAAUAAAGUAGGACACAACAUAUAUACAUUAGUAUAUAACAAGACCAAAAGCACUGAAAACGGGGACUAAGAUCCUUUCGUUAUUCAGUCUUCCAGGGCAGCUCUAACAAAUUUCCCCUACGAGACGGGCUAAAUACCCCGUCAC